CGAGGAUUCCUGGGGCGGACGCAUGCAGCCUUCUCCCAGCUGACACACUCCGAGCAAAACAAACACUCGGAAAGACAUUUUGGGACUUAGACCAGGCUCCUCACUUCCCCAGAGAGAAGAAGUUCGGCUUGGCUCAAGUUUUCCCAACAUUUCAAGACUCUUCUUCCUCACCCCGGAUACUUUUGAGAAGGCGACAGAAGCGGCCUGGCUCCUGAAUAUCACUAGUCCGCUCCGCACUUUCGUUUACUUCUUUUAACUUCUUUUUCUUUCCCGUUUUUAUCCAAGCGAGUCUGGUGGUUCAUGUUCACAAAUGUUAGCGGUCGGGCAGAUGGAGGCUAACCGGCAGAGUGCUUUCGUCCUGGGCAGCACCCCGCUGGCGGCGUUGCACAACAUGACCGAGAUGAAGACGUCCCUGUUCCCGUACGCGCUGCAGCAGAGCCCGGCGGGCUUCAAGGCACCUCCGCUGUCCACCCUCAACUCCCAGAUCUCCGGUGGCACUCCGCACGGAAUAAGCGACAUCCUGGGGAGACCCAUCACCACGGCAGGACAGCUGCUGUCCGGGUUCCCCCGGAUAAACGGCCUGGCCACCACCGCCGCCGCCGCCGCCGCCGCGGGGAUGUACUUCAGCCCGGCGGUGUCGCGGUACCCGAAGCCCCUGGCCGAGCUGCCGGGGAGGGCGCCCAUCUUCUGGCCCGGGGUGAUGCAGGGCUCUCCCUGGAGGGACCCGCGGGUUCCCUGUCCCUCCCAGGCUAACAUAAUGGUGGACAAGGACGGCAAGAAGAAGCACUCCAGGCCCACCUUCUCCGGACAGCAGAUUUUCGCCCUGGAAAAGACCUUCGAGCAGACGAAGUACCUGGCCGGCCCCGAGAGAGCCCGCCUGGCCUACUCCCUCGGAAUGACCGAGAGCCAAGUCAAGGUUUGGUUCCAGAACAGAAGGACCAAGUGGCGGAAGAGGCACGCAGCAGAAAUGGCCUCGGCCAAGAAGAAACACGACUCGGAGACGGAGAAGAUGAAGGAGAGCUCGGACAACGAGGAGGACGACGAGUACAACAAGCCGCUGGACCCAAAUUCGGACGACGAGAAAAUCACGAGACUGUUGAAGAAGCACAAGGCCACCAACCUGGCGCUGAUCAGCCCCUGCAGUAACAGCUCGGACACUUUGUGA